AUGGAUAGCAUCAAGAACUCUUCGUCAGUCCAGACCGCCAGUUCGUUCGAGCAACAGAUCGAGGAAGUCGAAGAUGCAGCUACCGAAGCAACAAAGGGCGGCACCAAGGAUGAUGAUUACGACAUGCGUCGUAUGGGAAAGCUCCAGGAGCUGAGACGGCUGGCAUACUUACGAACCAUANNGCGCAACUUCCGUUUCGUAUCCAUUUGGGGUUUCAGUCUUCUGUUGGGCAAUGCUUGGGUGGUCGCUCUGAUCAACGUCACUCUUGCCAACGGCGGUAUGGCCGGCGGAGUGUGGAUGUUUCUCAUCGUGGCUGUGGGAAUGUUCUUCUGCAUGCUCUCAAUGGCCGAAAUGGCAUCGAUGUGGGUCCUACGGGUCAGUGAGUUCGCUCCGCCUAAGUACCAGAAGUUUCUCUCAUACAUGGUUGGAUGGAUGUGUGUCCUGGGAUGGCAGGCGGCUAUGUGCGCCAGUGCCUACACUCCAGCACUCAACAUCCAAGGUCUUAUUGCACUCAACGUCGAAGGCUACACGCUCCCUGGUUGGCAUGCUGCCCUUAUGACCAUUGGCAUCGUCAUCGUCUGCAUUCUCAUCAACACUGUCGCAAUCAAGAAACUACCUCUACUUGAAGGCUUCAUNGUUGCUAUUCUUCUUUUCAGUUUCUUCACUAUCAUCGUCGUUCUCUGGGUCAUGGCUGAGAGAACUCCUGCAAAGAAAGUGUUUACUGAGUUCAGCGACAACAUGGGCUGGGGAAACGUAGGACUGUCUACUCUCAUCGGCAUCUUGUCUCCGUUAACCACUCUGCUUGGAUCCGACUCGGCUUGCCAUCUGUCUGAGGAACUAAAAGACGCAUCAUGGGUCCUUCCGAGAUCCAUGGCUGCUACAGCGAUCGUCAACUACGCUCUGGGCUUUGUUACCGUCAUCACCCUCAUGUUCACUCUGGGUGGUUCGGUGCAGUCUGUUCUUGAUACUAAGUUCGGUCAGGGGUACAUCCAGGUCUUCUACAACGCUGUCCAGUCGAAAGCUGGUGCAUCGGGUCUCACAGCAAUUGUUUGUGUUCUACUAUUCUUCACUGCCAUUAAUCAAGUCACAACGACUUCAAGACAACUCUUUGCCUUCGCUAGAGAUGGUGGUCUGCCGUUCUCUGCAUUCCUCGGUAGAGUGAGUCACAUGGCCAGAUACCUAUUUUCAACCUCCAGACUGACUCUCAUANNGGUUCGACCUGGCAUGGACAUCCCAUUCAACGCAUGCACUGUGACCGUGGUCCUUACUGUUCUCAUCUCACUUAUCGUUAUUGGCUCGAACACAGCUUUCAACGUUAUCACAAGUCUGUCUAGCGUUGGCCUCCUUACCUCGUACAUCAUCUGCAUCGGAUGCAUGGCUAGAAAGCGAAUCAUGAAGGAGGUUCUUCUGCCUAGCCGCUUCAACUUGGGUCGCUGGGGUCUUGCUGUCAAUCUGACAGCCAUCAUCUUCUUGUCUUUCUGUUGGGUCUUGCUCUUCUUCCCUUCCAGACCUCAUCCCAGUGCAGAGAACAUGAACUGGACUAUUCUGAUUUACGGCGUUACCUGGAUUGCCGCCGUCGUCUACUACCAGUUCAAGGGCAAAUACGACUAUGCCGGUCCUGUCGAGGGUAUCAACAAGGACUAUUGA